GCGGUGGGGUUUACUUUAACGCGGCAAAGAUAGCCAACGCGGUUGAGAGGAAAUCUUUCACGAGUUCAGCAGCUAGUAUCUUCUGGUGCAAAACCUCAGCCCGUGUAAAGUCACUGGGUUGGAGAUGGCGUUUCCAAGGAGCCCUGCUUCCACCGUGAGCAGCUAUGCUUCUACUCCGACGCUGAGCAGCUGCCCGAGCUCCGCCAUCUCCAGAGGCAGCAGCAACACAGCAAUCAGCCCCGCUGCCGCUAGGAUCUGGCUCGUAGUUCCUGCUGCCCCCCCUGGUAACCAUAACCCAGCACUAGCAACCACAGGAGCUCCUGAAUUCACUAAGGCAAACAUUCAGCAGCAUCAGGAUCUUCUGGAAUCAGCAGCAGAGUUCCCUAGGCAAGAAAUUAAUGGCUGGGAGCAUCCAGACCUCUGUUCCCCUUCAAAGCAACUCAAGAACGUAAGUACUUCUAUCAAGGAGAUCAAUCGCUGGGCAAGAUCUUCCACACGAUUAAAGGUGAACUCAAAUAUCCGGCUCCUGGAAUCUGUGUUUUAUUUGAUAAAAGUGGUAACUUCGGCAGCACCACACCCAGAUCACAUCAUCGCAAUGAUACGAGUCCAUGACGCGCUUGCUAAUCUGUUGCAUGUGCUGCCCAAGAAUAUUUUCCCCUUCCAGGAGCAAAAUUUCCUUCCGUUUGUAGAUGAAUUAUGCCCAAGAAGAGGUGCACCGUUGCCAGCAAGGUUUGGAAACACUCUGCAUGAUCUGCGAAGAAGCAUAAGGAGUGGUUUCCAGGUACUUGGCGCGAUGAUAUUGGAUUAUACAUCUGAAGCAGUCCCACAAGGUGGUGGUGUCCAUGAGAUCACCAAAUACUUGUUGAAAUACAUCAUGUCACUGCUGGACAAUGGCAGCUCUAUGAAAAUCAUACUUGUUAGUGAUGAAAAGGAAGACAUGGUUGCAAUGGAGACGUUGCGAGAUAUUGUUGCCACCUUGAUCUGUAACUUGGAAAUUAUGCUUGAGAAAGAAUCUCAUCGAUAUCAAGAUGCAGGGUUAAAACAACUGUUCUUGGUGAAUAAUGUGGAUUUUAUACUACAUCAAGUAGAAGGCUCAGAGAUAAGAGAUCUUCUAGGAGAUGAUUGGGUUUCAACACAUAGAGACCAACAGAAGGACAACAUCUCAUGGUUUAUCAACAUUUCUUGGGAAUCUGUCAUGCAUUGUUUACAUGUAAAGAGCAACAAAAUCCCAAUCUUUUCUAGACUACCAACGCUGCAAAUAUUUAACCUGGAAUUUGAAAAAACUUACGGGACUCAGAAAACAUGGAAAAUUGAAAAUCCUGUGCUCCGCUACAAUAUGCGUAGAUCAGUAUCAGAGAAGCUUUUUCAGGCUUACAGUUCAUACCUUGAGAACAACAAAAACAAGGCUCCAAAGCUCAUGAAGUACACCCCUGAAGAUCUUGAAGAGCUGCUGUCAGAUCUGUUCGAAGGAUAACGAUCAUAGAUUAAAAGAGGACGAAGCACAUAUGCAUGUUAGCAACACUUGUGCAACAAAUUUGAAUUAAAAAAGAAAUGAUCCCUUGAGCUAGAAGGAAGAUCAGAUGCAUGCUCCCAAAGCUUGCGUAAUGAAUAUGGAUCUGUAACUGGCAUAUCCUUCAUAUGUCAAGAUUGAACUGUACCUAUGGUUGUAAAAGUUGCGUGGUUGCUGCAGUGUGAAACGCUUAGCAUGAAAUUUUCUCUAUUUACAA